UCGCGUCACGCCGCUUUCGCUGAGAACGUGGCCAUCGUUUCGGUGGGUGGACGAUCCGCUCACAGACCCCAGGCGGCGCAUGUUUAACGACCAGAGCUCGUAAUAAAUUUUAGUGUUAAUAACAGUGUAAAUGACGAACCCGAGGAACUUGGAUCCCUGAAGCGAAAUCAAAUUACGAACGCAAGCAAAAUCAAACAUUACAGCUAGUGCAAAUUUUUAGAUAGAAUAAAUAGUGUAAUUCAACGGAACUGUUUCACCCGCCGAUUGCGACAAAUUCAGAAAGAAAAUACGGCAACAUGGAAGCCAGACCGGUGCAAGUGGUGGAGACGAGCGAGGAUCACAGCUUCGUGCUGAACGAGGAGGCGCUGACGGAAAUACUUCUGCAGGACAGCAUCAAAGAUCGCGCCAUCGUUGUGGUAUCCGUGGCUGGGGCCUUCCGGAAAGGCAAAAGUUUCCUGCUCGACUUCUUUCUCCGAUACAUGUACGCCAAGUAUGUGCACCACCAGAGCGUGUUGGACUGGUUGGGCGAUGAGAGCGAACCCCUGUCCGGGUUUUCCUGGCGCGGUGGUAGCGAACGGGACACGACCGGCAUCCUGAUGUGGUCCGACAUCUUCCUACACGAUAGAGCCAACGGCGAGAAGCUGGCAAUCAUACUGAUGGACACACAAGGCGCCUUCGAUAGUCAGAGCACCGUGCGGGAUUGCGCUACCGUAUUCGCCCUCAGCACCAUGCUUUCGUCCGUACAGAUCUACAAUUUGUCGCAAAAUAUUCAGGAAGACGAUCUGCAGCACUUGCAGCUUUUCACAGAGUACGGCCGGCUGGCAUUGGCCGAUUCGGGCAAAAAGCCCUUCCAGCGGCUACAGUUUCUAGUGCGCGACUGGAGCUUCCCCUACGAGGCCGAGUAUGGUGCACUCGGGGGUCAAGUAAUUCUGCAGCGACGGCUCGAACUGUCCGACAAGCAGCACCCCGAGCUGCAGUCAUUGCGUCGCCACAUCACAUCCUGUUUCUCGGAAAUUGCCUGCUUUCUAAUGCCGCAUCCAGGCCUGACCGUGGCUACCAACCCCAGCUUCGACGGUCGUCUGUCAGAUAUUACGCCCGAGUUCAAACAGAGCCUGCGCGAGCUGGUACCGAUGCUGCUAGCACCGGAAAACCUCAUCGUGAAGGAGAUCAACGGGCAGCGCGUUAAGGCGCGCGAUCUAGUGCAAUACUUCAAGUCCUACAUGGCGAUCUACAAGGGCAACGAGCUGCCGGAACCGAAAAGCAUGCUGGUGGCGACGGCGGAGGCGAACAACCUUACGGCGGUGGCCGCUGCAAAGGAAAUUUACACCCAGCUAAUGGAGGAUGUGUGCGGUGGAACCAAACCGUACCUUAGCACGGCCCACCUGGACUCGGAACACAACCGGAUCAAGGAGAAGGCGCUGCAUCAGUUCUCAUCGAAGCGAAAAAUGGGAGGCGAAGAAUUCUCGGAAAAGUACCGCGAAAAGCUGGAGCAAGACCUUGACGACACGUUCGUGACGUUCCGGGCGCACAACGAGAGCAAGAACAUCUUCAAAGCUGCCCGAACGCCGGCCGUCUACUUCGCCAUCGCCAUCGUGAUGUACAUCCUGAGCGGUAUCUUCGGAUUGGUCGGUCUGUACACAUUCGCCAACUUUGCCAAUCUCAUCAUGGGCGUCGCGCUACUGACUCUAGCGACCUGGGCCUACAUCAGGUAUAGCGGCGAAUUGGGUGACUUUGGCGUACGAUUAGACGAAAUCGCUAACCUGCUGUGGGAAAAUAUCAUGAAGCCGGUCUAUCAGUCGUGCAUGGAGAAGGGUAUACAGCAUGUAGCGACGCACGCGACCGAGUACGCCAUCAACGGCGGUUCGACCGGCAACGCCGGCAGCCGUCAGUUGAACGGUAAGGUGAAGCACUCUUGAGAGUACGCUAUC